CUAAUUGUUAGACCUAUUUGAAAAUUUAAGUUAGACACAUUAGUUUUCAAAAUUCUUUGUUGUAAAAAUUACUUGUUAACUAAAUUAUUACUGACGUUUGAGCAUCGUAUAAAUCCAGUCUUCACUCAUAAUGGAAUACAAUCUGGGGCAACAUAACAGCUGUAACAAGAGAGAAUGCAUUUCCAUUCACAUCGGCCAAGCGGGAGUCCAGAUGGGCAACUCCACUUGGGAGCUCUACUGCCUGGAACAUGGUAUCGACAGGGAUGGGCGUCUUAUGUCGAACAUAGAUGAUGCCACUGGGGACUCGACCAGAUCUGGCUGUGAAACGUUCUUCUCUUUGUCAGAGAGUCACAGGUUCGUUCCUCGCGCCAUCCUCGCUGAUUUGGAACCUACUGUUAUUGACGAGGUGCGGACGGGGCCUUACAAGGGGUUGUACCAUCCAGAGCAGUUGCUGAGUGCUAAGGAGGAUGCGGCUAGCAACUUCGCGCGUUGCUACUACUCCAUGGGUGGACCCAUGGAGAGGGCCAUCAUGCAGCGCAUCAGUAAGGUAACGGAGGACUGUGACGGUCUACAAGGGUUCUUUGUCUAUCACUCUCUUGGUGGAGGCACCGGCGCGGGCCUGACCGCUCUGCUGCUGGAACAAUUGGCUUGCGAAUACCCGAAGAAAAGUCGACUAGAGUUCCUGGUCUACCCGUCACCGAAGGUCAGCAGCUCAGUAGUGGAGCCCUACAACAGUGUCCUGAUGACACACAAGUGUAUGGACAAUGCGGACUGUUCCUUCAUAGUAGACAACGAGGCCCUCUACGACAUCUGCAUGGAGAAACUGGACAUUGAGAGGCCGACCUAUGUGAACCUCAACCGUGUCAUUGGUCAGACGGUAUCAGCUGUUACGGCUUCCAUGCGGUUUGACGGAGCUUUGAAUGUGGACAUGAACGAGUUUCAGACCAACCUCGUUCCGUUCCCCAGGAUCCACUUUCCUCUCAUCUCCUACGCACCGAUCAUCUCCAAGAGUCGUUCCUUCCACGAACAGUUCUCUGUCGCAGACAUAACAGCCUCCUGCUUCGAUACUUCUAAUCAGCUGGUGAAAUGCGACCCCAAGAAGGGCAAAUACAUGGCGUGCUGCCUGCUCUACCGAGGUGACGUGGCUCCCAAAGAUGUCAACUGUGCGAUCGCGAUGAUGAAAAAUAAAAAGACCGUUAGUUUCGUGGACUGGUGCCCAACAGGGUUCAAGGUCGGGAUCAAUUACCAAACACCCUCAAUGCCCUUGGACGGCGACCUUUCCAGCACCAAGAGAGCGGUGUGUAUGCUGUCAAACACCACGGCUAUUGUUGAGGCUUGGAAAAAGAUCGACAGAAAGUUUGACUUGAUGUGGGCGAAGAAAGCUUUCGUACAUUGGUACAGGAACGCCGGAAUGGAGGAAGCUGAGUUCCUUGAAGCUAGAAACGAUCUCGCUGUUUUGGAAUUAGAUUAUCUGGAAGUGAACAAAACAUUUGACGACUUCGAUUAUAGUAGCGUUGAACACUGAUGUCCCGUCUCCCAUGAAAUACAUGAGUGGUAAUUAAUUGUGAUAUAUUGGUCCAUAAAAAGAAAAAUAUUUAUGAUACGUGUUAAUUAGUUUUGUAGACGUUAAAUGUAAUUGAAUACAACGCUUAACAAAUUAAAAAA